AUGAGCUCAUCGCUCUGCACGCUGUCGACAUGCGACCUCUCUGAGAGCCCGUAUGGCUUCCGCCCCACGCUGACGGCCAGCGCCCUCUUUGCAACCAUCUCGGCAAUCUGCCUCGUCAUCAACGGCGCCGUCGCCGCCCGGUCGACCCAACGACAUGCCACCACUCCGUUUUCUGUCAUCAUCACUCUUGCCUGUUUGCUCGAGAUUCUUGGCUGGGUUGACCGCAUGGCUGGCUGGAGUGAUCCCUGGGCCGUGUAUCCCUUUAUGCAGAGCAAGGCGCUUCUUACAAUCGCGCCAGUGUUCGUUACUUCAAGUAUCUACGUCUGCCUCGCACCGAUGGUGCGGAUAGUUGGUACAGAACACUCGUUCAUCAAGCCUGAGCUCUACACCGUCAUUCUCCUCCCUCUAGACGGCCUCGCCCUGCUCCUUCAGAUCAUUGGUCUCGCUGUUGGUUUCCAAAACGUCCCGUACACCCUCACCUCUAAGGGCUCUUACAACCCUAACGCCGCCGGCGCCAACAUCAUACUGGCCGGUCUGGUCAUCCAACUCGCAACUCUGGUUGCGACAGGCCUCUUCCUCGCCUCAGUGCUCAUCCGCGCCGCCCGCUCCUAUCGCCAAUACGGCUACACGACCUUCCACCGCGACGUCGGUUACGUGCCCCUUACGGGCCGCUUCCGCAUCUUCGCCGGCGCUGUACCUUCCGCCAUGGUAGUCCUCUUCGGACGAAUGUGCUUCCGGAUCGCGGAGUACGCUGAGGGCUGGAGAGGUCCCCUCGCGACGAGCGGCGAGGGGUUGUUCAUCGGGCUAGAGGGGUUUCUUGUGGGGUAUGCAUUGUUGGCUAUCGUGGGGUGUCACCCGGCGCUGUUUCUAAAGGACGGGAAGAUGGUUUCGAGGAUCGAAGCGGAGCCGUUUGUUGGCAUUGACAGUGUCGGGAGUGUUGGGCAGAGAGGAGAGCAUGAGAGGGACUUGGAGGAGCUGAGCAAAGUGUACCAGAGGCACCACGAGGAGGAGCAGAGGCUGUCGAGGUUUGACCGCGUUUGA